AUGUUGGCUCGGACUGUAUUCAAUCAAGUUUUUCUUUUCAAACCGUCGCAAAUUCCAUUUUCUGCAUUAUCUUUAAAUUGUCGUUCAAUCACUACUGCUGCUCGAUUAAAAAAACAAUUGAACAUUGCAUCAACACCUCGACCACACAUUGAACGUCCAGAUGGUAGUGAUGAACUUUAUAAACGUUUGUGUGUUGAAGUACGUGGUCAUGAUCCAGCUGUAUUAGAAAGUUAUGAGAAAUUUGUUCGUCUUGUAUCUACACAACUUGAUAUUCAACUUGUUAAUGUUGAAAAUCCUCCUUUUUUUACCGAACGUUGGACUUUACUUCGUUCAAAAUUUGCUAAAAAAAAAUAUUGGCGAGAAUAUGAAAUUCGAACAUAUUAUAAAAAAUUUCAUUUUAAACAUCUAACUGGUUCAACCGCUGAUACAUUUCUUGAAUAUGUCCAACGAAAUUUACCCGAAGGCAUUAUGAUGAUUGUUGAACGAAUUCGCUUGGAAUCAUUUCGCGAAAAUCUGGUACCACCAUCAUCAUCAAAAACAACAACAACAACAACAGAAAAAAACUUUGAACAACAAAUCUCUUGA